CCGAUAUCCUCCUGAAAUUUCAAUCGAAUUCUCUCAAGAUGUAUAUUGUACUUAAACUAUCAUACUUUGCUCAAAGCCAUGGCUGGCACACUGCCAUCAGUUCUGCAGACCUUGCUGGCUGAUUCCCACUAUUUCGCCCCCCAGAGAUCUUCGGUCUGUCACCAUCACCACCACCAGCAUGACAUCGCCUCCAUUGAAUCCAUGGACUCAUGGGCCCAGUUCCGUCUUAUGAAGCAGCUGCUCUGUGUUAGACAUCCUCGAAAACCUCUUUCACCCUCCUUACUCCAGGGGAUCGAUCAGGUUCUGCUGGAAGAGCGUGCCAAUCGCCUUCUUAUUGACGUUGCUUCCAUUCCGGCCAUUCUAACUCCAUCGGCACCAACAUCAACAUCAUCAGAGCCUCUUCCUGCCACGCUCCAUCUGUGGCAAGGAGAUAUUACCACCUUGGAUGGAGUCACCGCCAUCACCAAUCCGGCCAAUGAGCAAAUGCUGGGAUGUUUCCAGCCGGCCCAUCGAUGCCUGGACAAUGUCAUCCACGCCCGGGCAGGUCCCCGCUUGCGCGAAGAAUGUUUCCAACAGAUGGCUCAAGGUCAGCAUAUUUUGCCUGUCGGCCAGGCUCGUGCCACCAAAGGCUACUGCCUGCCCACCCCCUAUGUGAUUCACACCGUGGGCCCUCAACUGGAUGCGGAACACCCUGUGCCUACCACGCACCAACGACAACAGCUGCAGCAAUGCUACGAGGCCGUCCUGGACGUCGCAGAAUCCCUGCCCGCAUCGGACCCUCAGGGUAAGACCAUCGCUCUCUGUGGCAUCGCGACCGGAUUGUUUGCUUUCCCCGUGGAGGAGGCUGCAUGUAUUGCCGUUAGAUCGGUACUCGACUGGCUGCGGCGUCGUCAGCACACCUCCAUCACCAACAUCAUCUUCAACACUUUCACCGAUACCGACACGGCCGUCUACCAACAGACACUCAAGGAAAUGUACUAUCCAGCUCUCUCCCUCGCGCCACCUCUCCAGAUUCAUGGAUCUUCGCUCAACCAAGCCUUGGCUUGGUUGGCUACUGCCGAUACCAUUGUGGUCAGCUGUGGAGCCGGCUUCUCGGCGGCCACUGGACUCGACUAUACCUCGACCACUCUGUUCGAUCGCCACUUUCCGUCAUUUAAGCAAUACCAGCUGCGACGGCUCUAUGACACCUUUAACCGUACUAACCGCGAUUGGCCAUCCGAGAGCGUCCGGUGGGGAUUCUACUUCUCCCAUCUAGCCAUGGUGCGUCGCUGGCCUCGCUCGUCCCUCUAUACCUCCCUGUUAGAAUGGCUGGCAUCGCGUUUCUCAUCCGAUCGGGUUCACGUACGCACCUCCAAUGCAGACGGACUAUUUGUAGCCCAUGGACUGCCUGAAGCGCAACUCUCCACCCCCCAGGGCCAAUAUGCCUUCUUGCAAUGUCUGGAAAACUGUCGUCCGGAUGCCGUCUUUCCAUCUGCCCCGUACCUUGACGCUGUGCUGCCGCAUCUGGAUCCACACAGCCAGACCGUAACGGCGCAGGACAAGAUUCCGACAUGCCCCUUCUGUGGUGGCCCUAUGUCGAUAUGUGUUCGGGCGGGAAACUGGUUCAACGAACGGCCCUUCGCUCCCGGCGAAACGCGAUGGCAUGAGUUCCGCAAGACCUUCCUCACGGACCCGACACGAAACGUAGUCAUUCUUGAGCUAGGGGUCGGCCUCUCCACACCAGGGGUGCUGCGGUGGGAUAAUGAGGAGCUGGUCGAGCAAGGCGAUGGACAUGUACGACUGGUGCGCGCGGGCUUGGGUGACGCUGUGCAUGUUCCUGGAGAGUUGGCUGCUGCGCAGCUAGCCACCAGCAUAGAAGGGGACUUGCGGGAUGUGGUUCGGGCAAUCGUGGCUCCGUAGACUGGUCAAUUGAUACGUCAAUAUGAUAUGUCUACCUUGCUGACUCGGUCUCUUGCCGAACUUGAGUACCGUAUGUGCUUGACAAGGUAUAUGCAGCGAUGACUUUAGAAACUUCGUAGCUUGUGUUGGGAAAGUAUGUGAGUUUUGCGGGAUUGCAGAAUUUAGAGGCGUUGAGGCCAUGUUUUCUUUCAGACGGUGAAGCACCUGCUCAGUUAGCGUCUUAUAUAGAGGGCUC